AAACUAGUUUAAAUACGUUGUUGAUAUGUCGACGUAUAUAAUUGCAAAGCGAAUAUUAACGUUGUAAAUGUGCUUAUUCUCCUACAGAAUAAACAUGGAGGAGUUCGGUCGAUUUCAUACAAAAAGCGGCCUGCGUAUGUCCUCCGAUAAGUAUCCGGAAAAACGCGAGGACACAUUAACGGUUGAAUGGAAAGUACACAAGAUAAUCAACGACAGCCGGGGAAACGAGGUGUAUAUGUACCAGCCGAAUCCAGAAGACAUUCGACGACAGCCUUCCUCGCGUGUGUCUUCAUCGGAGAGAGACUUCAGUAGGCCAAGGACUGUAUCUGUGUAUGACUACAUCGACACCGAAUCAAGGUGUGAGAUUCAACGGCCAAUUCUACGCCCAAAUGUCAACAGAAUAUAAACCACUUAAAA